CUCGGCGAUCACGAUCAUCCCUAUUAAAAAACGAGCAUUCGUGCGGCACGCAAGAAAUUUCUGGUGGUGAUGGUACUGCCUGCGCUGCCAUGUUCCGUCUCCGGUUCUGGCGUUCCGUGGCGGCGGCGGAACGGCGGAACGAAGUGUAAUGGCGGCUGCGUCUAUUCCGCAUAUUUGAUGUCGCGAUAAAGUUGGGCGUACGCGUCUGUCUUAUCAGUCGUCCCGACGAGAUUCUAAUACCCGCGGACGCUCUCAUCGACGCCUCGUGUUACCGGCUGGACCCGCGGACCGCGACAUCUCUGCUGCGGAAAGUCUCGAGACGUGCGACGUAUUGCGUGGUGAAUCAUACCCGAGAUAUGGAAAGGAGCGACUCGAGGAACACGCGAUAAUCGCAUUAGAAUCGCGCCGAAACUGUGACGUACCGUACAUUCCGGAGCACGCGUGAACGUUGCGCCGCGUGCUAGACGUAUUAUCGUUGAGUAGUUACAUCGUUGUAGCGAUACGAUCGUUGGCACGCACGUGUGCGUAUGUACAUUUCCAUAAUAUGAGAUCGGAGCGAGCAUGAAGGUAACCGUGUGCUUCGACAACGUCAGGGUGGUGGUCCCAUGCGGAGAUGGAACUUUGCUGGUGAAGGAUUUGAUGCAUGAGGCGAUCCUGAGAUACAAGAAGGCUACUGGGAAAAACGACAGCAUUCUGACCAUCAGCAGCCUGUCUUCCUUGACCGGAGGUGGCCUGCUGGAUCCGGACGACAGAUUGUGCGACGUAGCCGAUGACAGGGAGCAAAUUGUGGCUCAUUUUGUAAGCUCUGACGUGAGUCACGUUGGUGGAGAUGGUGCGAGCUCAGUUGGCACAAACAGCCCUGAUUUCUUUCACAUGGAUGGGAAAGAACAGGUUUAUCCAAUCGAUAUCCAUUCCUCUACAUCUACUAGUAGUAUUAAAAGAGAAAGUAUCAAGCGAUUGUCUAUGCAUGCGUUAUCAACAAGAGAACCUUGUCUCACGACAUAUUCUGCUCAGUCUCUACCUAGAGAAUCUCGACGUAGAGAACCAUUAGGUCAAGAUUCUAAGGCUACGUAUGAAUUUGGUAAUAAUAUUGAAUUUGGGGAUCAAGAGGCGCAAGAGAUUGUUAUUAAAAAUGAAGCAGGACCACUGGGGCUCCAUGUGGUGCCGUGUUACGAUUUAUUAGGCAAUGGUCAAGGACUUAGGGUCGAAGGUAUAGAACCAAACGGCCGUAUCGCCAGGGAUGGACAGAUUGAUCUACACGACAAUAUUAUAAAAAUAAAUGGCCAUAAUUUGUUGCACAUACCAUUCUCAAAAGUUCAAGAGAUUUUUCGGAUAUGCAUGAAUGAUCCCUGCCUGCAAAUCUCUGUUGUUAAGCAUAAAAGGAAAGUAAAAAGUGAAAAAUCUUCGCAUAAGAAUCAUGGAAACGCCAGUGGAAGAUUGGAGAAAAAUGAAGGUGACGAGAACAUUAAAAGACUUCAAUGCAGUAAUUAUAAUCUUCUGCAGACUGCAAAUACUAGAAAAAUUGGACGGAUGAUAGAAAUCGAAUUAACGAAAGGAAAUAAUGGUUUAGGAUUCAGUGUUACCACACGUGACAAUCCUGCUGGAGGGCACUGUCCUAUAUACAUCAAGAAUAUAUUACCAAAAGGUGCUGCAGUUGAGGAUGGUAGAUUAAGAUCAGGCGAUAGAUUGUUAGAAGUAAAUAACAAAGAGAUGACUGGUAAGAGCCAAGCAGAGGUCGUCUCAUUGCUCAGAAGUAUUCCUCCUGGUGGCAAAGUUAAAAUGCUUGUAUCACGGCAAGAAGAAAUUUCUUCAAACAUUCCAGACUCUCAGAGUACUACGGCAUCUACUUCCCUCGCCACGGACAUAACGGAUAAUUCGAAAUAUUGGAGUGCGUUAAAUAGAUCACCUGCAAAAAAGAAUGACGUUCAAGAUAAAGCAGCUGCUCACAAUUACGACAAGUGUACGUAUAAGCCAGCGAAACCCUCUGAAGAUAUUGUCUUAUCUCCACGGAAGAAUCGUAUGAUAUUGACUUUAGAUAUACCAGUGCAUGAUUCCGAGAAGGCUGGUUUAGGUGUCAGCGUUAAAGGCAAGACCAAUAGCUCUGAUGAUAGUAUCAAUAUGGAUCUAGGAAUUUUCAUAAAAAGUGUUAUCCAUGGAGGUGCGGCAUCCAGGGAUGGCCGCUUACGGACCAAUGAUCAAUUGCUCAAUGUUAACGGUGUAUCUUUAUUGGGAUUAUCCAAUUCCGAUGCAAUGGAGACUCUAAGGAGGGCGAUGCUUAAUACAAACAGCUCAGUAACUGGUGUGAUUACUCUUACCAUAGCUAGGAGGAUAUCUUCGUAUGACACAAGUGAGAAGAAUACUGUAGAUAGUUCACCGUCUCAUCGUAAGCCAGAAGCUGUCAGUAGCGUAUACAUAUCAGAUUCUAUUAAAAUAAACGACGGCAUGGUUAAGGAGAAGAAUACGUUAAAUUCUCAAACGGAUAUACUGGAUAACGAAGGAUUAUUGUCUUGCGUCACAGCUUCACCAUGGAAUCCUGUUAUUGAUAGAUUAACCGAGCAAUAUAGUAAGAAUAGUCUAAGGAACGAGAGUUACUGUCUUGCUACCAAUAAAACAUGGAUAGAGCCUGUUAGUAAUGUAAAAAAGACACUCAUAGGACCGCGCGAUGACAGGGAUUCAGUAUUGCUAGAGGAGUCGAACAAUGAUAGCUCUCAAGGAAACGACGUGAAACGAAACACUGAGGACAAAGAUAGCCAAUAUUCCGGAGAUCCCACUUACGAUAGUCAAUUAUCUUUGGAAGAGUUGAAUUCCUCGUCAAAUAAAUUUUCUCGCGACGCUCUUGGUAGGCAGAGCAUGUCCGAGAAACGACACGCCGCACUUGAUGCUAAAACCACCGAUACUUACAAGAGAAAUAAGAAGUUACGCGAAGGUAGAGAAAAUAAAAGUGCCGAACAAACGAAUCCGAAAUCAACUAGCCAAGCAAGUAAUCACUCGAGUGAGUUAGAUAAUCUUUCAAAGAGGAGCAGUAAAUCGAACAAUUUUGAGAAACAUACGAGUAAAGGGGCCUUAGCUGAAACUAUAAGCGGUGACAAUAAUGUAAAACACUACGAAAAGUCGGUCGAUCCUGUUCAACCGGAAUAUAUGUACACUAUACCCGGAUGUAACAACAAAUUUCUUUCGCCGAGGAAACAUUGGCUCGUGGAUGAUGUGCAUAGCGAAGUUACGAGUAGCAACAAUAUCAAAGAUGAGCGAGAAGGUUUCUCAAACAGUCGCGGAGACGUGAAGCAGGCUUCCCUUAAUUCAGCUUUAGACGAUCGAUAUAAGCGUUCGCGAAAGAAAGGCGGUAUCCGUUCAAUGCUCCGAUUGGGCAAAAACAGGAAAUCACUCAAUUUUGGCGAUAGCAUAGAAACGAGACACGAAACUACAUUACAGCUUACUCCAUAUACAAUUCUUCAGCAGCAGAAGCGAUUUCGAGGCAAAAUUAAUAUACAAAAACCCAGAGCACCGCAUUACUACAGAGCAUUGGUGAAUGAAUUUAUGACGCCUUUUUAUCCGAAUCCGAAUAAAAAUAAGAAAUUAACGGAAAUGUGCUACAAAGUAAAGAAGCAUGCAACGCCGAAAGAGGAGGAUACGUAUAACCCUUACGAAAAAAUAAUAGCGCGUGAGGUCCGCAACUGGUUUGACAAUUCCAAAAUGAUUGCUAUAUGCCAUCAAAAUACCAUGUCAUCGGAGGAUGAGUUUGAGUUUCGAGUUCCAUUGAAGAAAGCGAAUAUGUAUUAUAAACGAUAUAGCAAAAGGAUUAUGAAGUUAGCGUUGGAGGAUUCACCAUAUGCGGCAACGGAGCGGUUGUAUAGGUCACAUUUUUCUCUGGUGUUUGGUUCUGACAGAACUGUUGCUGCCUUCGAAAAAAUUGUUAAAAAAUUUCCACAGGUUAUUCUAAUGGCGGGCAUAUUGGAAGGACGCAUAUUGAGCAAGGAGGAUUUUUUGAAAUACGGCAAAAUGGAUCUUACUACAGCACAGGUGCAUCUUGUACAGGUGUUACAGAGUGCAGGUGGUAACAACUUGAACCAGCAGCUUACGCAUCAUCAGUCUACAUUAGUUACUCGAUUAAAACAGAUCGGUACAAAUGAAAUAGUUUCUGACGAGAACGAAGAAUCGGUGCCUGUAUAAUUGCAAAAAGUAUCGAUAAUUUAUUAUAUGUUUUACGUAAAGAUUUAUCUAAAGCUUUAAGUAAAGUAUGAUUUAUUUCUUUAAAUCUUGUAUUUACGGUAAGAAUAAGAAAAUAUCGGUACAAAA